AUGACGGCAGCCUUGUGCCGGACUUGGACAUCUCUGUCUACUACUUGGCAGCAUUUGCGUAUCGAUGUGCGCAGGUUUUGUACCGCCAAUGUGGACCAGUACCUCGAACUGGAGCAGCUGCAAACCAUUAAAAGUGAAGCAUUCUAUGAGCGACAGGGUCAGCUUCGGCGAUACUUUUACUACAUUGAUUUGCAGGGCCGUCUGUUUACGGAAGACACUCGGCCAAAGAACAUUGCCACGUGUCUCAAGAGCGCCAAGUUCUUGCGGUUCUUCUUCUCGCAAGUGCGACCAAAUGACAUUGCCCGCUGCAAGUCGAAAGAAGAAGAAGAGUUGUUGGAGUAUCCCUUUCAGUCCCCAUGUGGCAAAGAGAUGAACUACAUCAAGUGUGCUGAUCGCCCGUUUGUGUUUGAGGACUUCCAGCGAGAUGAAUGGGGAAAGUGGACGCUCGUGUUUGGGGGUGGAGGACUGACGAUGCCAUUUAUGCCCGAAACAAUGCGCAUCUCCCUUUCAACGGGAAGACUGUACCACGACGUACGGACUAAACACGUAGCGUCUGGCACUUCUGAAAGCAUCGCACUCGUAAAGUCUCAACUCGCCGUCGAGCUCAGCAAAUACAUUGACAUGCACAGCUUUCCCGACGAUCUCGAGUCUGUCGAGGAUGUAAAUGCGUUGAAACUAGGCGACUUCGAGUGGGAGGCUCAGCGCUACGCCAUCCAUGCCAUGCCGUAA